CCUGACGCCAAGGGAAGUCCCCUGCUCUUCCAGACGGGGUUAUAAAGCGGGGCGGCGGAGCCCAGGCUCACAGCUCCAGAGCCUGACGCCCCUUGCAGAAGUGAAGUCAACCUCGGCUUGUGUGUGUGUGUGUGUGUCCGAGUGCAGCUGAACCAUGACGGGAGGGAGAUGUGACCCAGCCGCUACAAUUACUCUUGCAUUGAUGCUCGCUACAGGAUCCGCCUUCAAUUUGGAGUUAAACCCGGCUAGAAAGGUGUGGGCUCGUAUCGGGGACUCGCUGGAGUUGAACUGUGUGGCGAAGAGCUGCUCGUCUCCGACCUUCACGUGGAGAAUCGGCACCGAUAACCCCCUGGGCGGAACAAUCACAACUCGGGGCUCGGUGUCCACAUUCACCAUCUCCGCGGUUACCCCGCAGAACCAACACAAGUACACUUGUUCCGCAAAAUGCGGCGCAGAAGAAAAACGAAAAUAUGCCGACAUCAAUAUAUUCUCUCUGUCCGACACACUCAUCGUGGAGACAGUGGGCAGCCUGGAAGUUGGCCAGAGAGGCUCUGUGAGAUGUACGGUCCCCAAAGUCUACCCUGCUCUAGUGGAGGUGGAGUGGCUGAAAGGAACAACGUUGCUGAAGACCGACAGCUUCCGUGCCUACACGGAGGUAGAAACGGCGAUGAACUUCACCUACGAACUGACGGCCGAAUUGCGAGACUCAGGACAAGAGCUGACAUGCCGAGUGCAAUUACUCACGGAGAACCAACCACGCAAGGCCGAGGGGACGCUGACGUUACAGGUUCACUAUGCCCCCACAGAGAUUGACAUUACUGCAGAGCCCUCUGCCACAGUGAGAGAGGGUCAGGAUGUUCGGCUAACCUGUGCUGCAGACAGCAGCCCCGCUGCCACAAUUGUGUGGAGCAAGUUAUCCGCCGGCAACUGGUCAGUCGUGGCCGAGGAUCGAGCGAUUCUGCACCUGUCACCGGCCCUGUUCGGGGACACGGGAAUGUACCGCUGUGAAGCCGGCAAUAAACUGGGGACAAGCACCAAGGAGGUGGAAUUCCACGUUCAAGGUAGCCCCAGGGACACCACUCUCUCCAUCACCCCCUCUGCUGUGAAGGAAGGAGACAGGGUCACGUUCAGCUGCACAACCCAGUCCAACCCCCCUGCCCAGCUUGUACUGAGGAGGCAGUCAUCGAGCCGAUGGAGCGAGCUAGACUUUGAGAAUGGGACAUUGACAAUCCGUGAUGUCCAGCCAGCUGAUGCAGGGCUGUAUCAAUGUGAGGCCAUUAAUGCUCUGGGGAAGCAGAUCAACAUCACCAAACUCCAGGUUCAAGGUAGCCCCAGGGACACCACUCUCUCCAUCACCCCCUCUGCUGUGAAGGAAGGAGACAGGGUCAUGUUCAGCUGCACAACCCAGUCCAACCCCCCUGCCCACCUUGUACUGAGGAGGCAGUCAUCGAGCGGAUGGAGCGAGCUAGACUCUGAGAAUGGGACAUUGACAAUCCAUGAUGUCCAGCCAGCUGAUGCAGGGCUGUAUCAAUGUGAGGCCAUUAAUGCUCUGGGGAAGCAGAUCAACAUCACCAAACUCCAGGUUCAAGGUAGCCCCAGGGACACCACUCUCUCCAUCACCCCCUCUGCUGUGAAGGAAGGAGACAGGGUCACGUUCAGCUGCACAACCCAGUCCAACCCCCCUGCCCAGCUUGUACUGAAGAGGCAGUCAUCGAGCGGAUGGAGCGAGCUAGACUCUGAGAAUGGGACAUUGACAAUCCGUGAUGUCCAGCCAGCUGAUGCAGGGUGGUAUCAAUGUGAGGCCAUUAAUGCUCUGGGGAAGCAGAUCAACAUCACCAAACUCCAGGUUCAAGGUAGCCCCAGGGACACCACUCUCUCCAUCACUCCCUCUGCUGUGAAGGAAGGAGACAGGGUCACGUUCAGCUGCACAACCCAGUCCAACCCCCCUGCCCACCUUGUACUGAGGAGGCAGUCAUCGAGCGGAUGGAGCAAGCUAGACUCUGAGAAUGGGACAUUGACAAUCCGUGAUGUCCAGCCAGCUGAUGCAGGGCUGUAUCAAUGUGAGGCCAUUAAUGCUCUGGGGAAGCAGAUCAACAUCACCAAACUCCAGGUUCAAGGUAGCCCCAGGGACACCACUCUCUCCAUCACCCCCUCUGCUGUGAAGGAAGGAGACAGGGUCACGUUCAGCUGCACAACCCAGUCCAACCCCCCUGCCCAGCUUGUACUGAGGAGGCAGUCAUCGAGCGGAUGGAGCGAGCUAGACUCUGAGAAUGGGACAUUGACAAUCCGUGAUGUCCAGCCAGCUGAUGCAGGGCUGUAUCAAUGUGAGGCCAUUAAUGCUCUGGGGAAGCAGAUCAACAUCACCAAACUCCAGGUUCAAGGUAGCCCCAGGGACACCACUCUCUCCAUCACCCCCUCUGCUGUGAAGGAAGGAGACAGGGUCACGUUCAGCUGCACAACCCAGUCCAACCCCCCUGCCCACCUUGUACUGAGGAGGCAGUCAUCGAGCGGAUGGAGCAAGCUAGACUCUGAGAAUGGGACAUUGACAAUCCGUGAUGUCCUGCCAGCUGAUGCAGGGCUGUAUCAAUGUGAGGCCAUUAAUGCUCUGGGGAAGCAGAUCAACAUCACCAAACUCCAGGUUCAAGGUAGCCCCAGGGACACCACUCUCUCCAUCACCCCCUCUGCUGUGAAGGAAGGAGACAGGGUCACGUUCAGCUGCACAACCCAGUCCAACCCCCCUGCCCACCUUGUACUGAGGAGGCAGUCAUCGAGCGGAUGGAGCAAGCUAGGCUCUGAGAAUGGGACAUUGACAAUCCAUGAUGUCCAGCCAGCUGAUGCAGGGCUGUAUCAAUGUGAGGCCAUUAAUGCUCUGGGGAAGCAGAUCAACAUCACCAAACUCCAGGUUCAAGGUGGCCCCAGGGACACCACUCUCUCCAUCACCCCCUCUGCUGUGAAGGAAGGAGACAGGGUCACGUUCAGCUGCACAACCCAGUCCAACCCCCCUGCCCAGCUUGUACUGAGGAGGCAGUCAUCGAGCGGAUGGAGCGAGCUAGACUCUGAGAAUGGGACAUUGACAAUCCGUGAUGUCCAGCCAGCUGAUGCAGGGCUGUAUCAAUGUGAGGCCAUUAAUGCUCUGGGGAAGCAGAUCAACAUCACCAAACUCCAGGUUCAAGGUGGCCCCAGGGACACCACUCUCUCCAUCACCCCCUCUGCUGUGAAGGAAGGAGACAGGGUCACGCUCAGCUGCACAACCCAGUCCAACCCCCCUGCCCACCUUGUACUGAGGAGGAAUUCAUCGAGGGGAUGGAGCGAGCUAGACUCUGAGAAUGGGACAUUGACAAUCCGUGAUGUCCAGCCAGCUGAUGCAGGGCUGUAUCAAUGUGAGGCCAUUAAUGCUCUGGGGAAGCAGAUCAACGUCACCAAACUCCAGGUUCAAGGUGGCCCCAGGGACACCACUCUCUCCAUCACCCCCUCUGCUGUGAAGGAAGGAGACAGGGUCACGUUCAGCUGCACAACCCAGUCCAACCCCCCUGCCCAGCUUGUACUGAGGAGGAAUUCAUCGAGCGGUUGGAGCGAGCUAGACUCUGAGAAUGGGACAUUGACAAUCCGUGAUGUCCAGCCAGCUGAUGCAGGGCUGUAUCAAUGUGAGGCCAUUAAUGCUCUGGGGAAGCAGAUCAACAUCACCAAACUCCAGGUUCAAGGUAGCCCCAGGGACACCACUCUCUCCAUCACUCCCUCUGCUGUGAAGGAAGGAGACAGGGUCACGUUCAGCUGCACAACCCAGUCCAACCCCCCUGCCCAGCUUGUACUGAGGAGGAAUUCAUCGAGCGGAUGGAGCGAGCUAGACUCUGAGAAUGGGACAUUGACAAUCCGUGAUGUCCAGCCAACUGAUGCAGGGUGGUAUCAAUGUGAGGCCAUUAAUGCUCUGGGGAAGCAGAUCAACAUCACCAAACUCCAGGUUCAAGGUGGCCCCAGGGACACCACUCUCUCCAUCACCCCCUCUGCUGUGAAGGAAGGAGACAGGGUCACGUUCAGCUGCACAACCCAGUCCAACCCCCCUGCCCAGCUUGUACUGAGGAGGAAUUCAUCGAGCGGAUGGAGCGAGCUAGACUCUGAGAAUGGGACAUUGACAAUCCGUGAUAUCCAGCCAACUGAUGCAGGGUGGUAUCAAUGUGAGGCCAUUAAUGCUCUGGGGAAGCAGAUCAACAUCACUAAACUCCAGGUUCAAGGUGGCCCCAGGGACACUACCCUCUCCAUCACCCCCUCUGCUGUGAAGGAAGGAGACAGGGUCACGUUCAGCUGCACAACCCAGUCCAACCCCCCUGCCCAGCUUGUACUGAGGAGGAAUUCAUCGAGCGGAUGGAGCGAGCUAGACUCUGAGAAUGGGACAUUGACAAUCCGUGAUAUCCAGCCAACUGAUGCAGGGUGGUAUCAAUGUGAGGCCAUUAAUGCUCUGGGGAAGCAGAUCAACAUCACUAAACUCCAGGUUCAAGGUGGCCCCAGGGACACUACCCUCUCCAUCACCCCCUCUGCUGUGAAGGAAGGAGACAGGGUCACGUUCAGCUGCACAACCCAGUCCAACCCCCCUGCCCAGCUUGUACUGAGGAGGAAUUCAUCGAGCGGAUGGAGCGAGCUAGACUCUGAGAAUGGGACAUUGACAAUCCGUGAUGUCCAGCCAGCUGAUGCUGGGCUCUAUCAAUGUGAGGCCAUUAAUGCUCUGGGGAAGCAGAUCAACAUCACCAAACUCCAGGUUCAAGGUAUUCCCAGGAAUCAGUGGAAAUGUGACAUCCUUUCAAGCACGUUUGAAAACUAUCCCUGA